CUUCAUUAUUGAUCGACUGAAUUUCCUACUGUAGUUUAGUUUUCGUUUCUUUUUAAACGCAACUGGUACGCAUUGGUUGCAAAUACAUAUUUUAUCCUCGAGCUCGACUGUAAAAAUGUUUAAUCCUCUUUUUUUUUUCUAAUGAUGUCAUCCUAAGAUUUUUUUCUAAUGAUGUCAUCCUCCUUGUGACAUCAUCUUAAAUUUUUUGGUCUAUUUAGAUGAGUCACAAGGAGGCGCUACUAUGACGAACGUCGAAAAUUCUUCAAUAGUUUUGAAUCAAGAUCGAGGAGUUCAAAAAAUGUCACUUUCUAUCGCUGAAGCGUAUUCACCUCACAUUCAAGUUAUUCGUUGGUUAAAUAAAAACGGCAAAGAAUUAACAAACCCUUUAGCUCCUGACGCUGAUGAAGAUACUAACACCAUAACCAGUAAUAAUUUAUUAACUAAUUUACCUACGAGAGUACAGGAGUAUCCUAAAUAAAGAUUUGUAUAUUUCAAAACCAAGAUUUAUACAAAUGAAAGAUAUAAAUUGUGGGGAAGCUAGAUAUCCUUUUGGAUCAAAUGUGUGUUUACCUCAAUCAUUGCAUUUAGUUUCCAAAUUUUUAAAUGAUUCAACAAUUGUGAAUAAAUAUACUCCGGAAAAUUUUAAAAAAUAACUCUGACCCUGUUUUUCUUUACAGAUCAGAUCAUAACGGAAUGAACGCUGCGCAAAUAUAUAUGGAAGAUUAUAAUUUUGAGCCAGUUCGUUACUGCAACAAAGUUCGAAUGUCUUAUUCAAUGAAUUCUGCCUCAUGCUCUCAGAGAAAAAUAAUAAAUAAUAUCCAAAAAGAAGAUAUAGCGAGUGUCAAGCGUAUAUCACCGAAUCUAGAAACACGUUUUUCAAAAUCGUCAAAGUAUCAAAAAACAAUCAAACAAGAGCAUUCUAAAAACGUAUAUAUUAAUGUACCGAUAUAUAUAAUGUACCAUAUAUUAAUGCAUUUAAAGCGUCACUUUGAAUACAACCUAUCUAAAAACGAUUUCAAUGAUGAACCUAUGUCAAAACUAAUUAAAGAAAGUCAUUUAUUUACUAGCGACAAUUUUAGGGAGAGUCCUCGCGUAAAAUCAGAAUUGUUAAAACACGCAUUGUCUCCUCAAUUAAGUUAUUUACGUUUAUCAUUACGCUCGUUCCCUUUAGGGCAUCCGUGGUUUGAGAAGUUUAUAAAUAAGGUUAAAGUUGAUUUAAUAGGAAAGAAACUAUGGGAAGAGUUCAACAAACUUGGAACAGAAACGAUUCUCACCAGAGCUGGAAGAAUGUUCCCUAACUUACAAAUUCGCAUAUCUGGAAUGCAUCCAAAAGCUCUUUACGUUAUCCUCGUUGAAUUUGCGCCGAUUGAUAACCAUCGAUAUAAAUAUGAGUAUGAGACAUUUAGGUGGAUGAUUGCAUGCGAAGAGUUUACGUCUCGACCAUCUCGAGUUUAUUGGCAUUCAGAUUCUCCGGCUAGUGGAGAACUUUGGAUGAAAAAUAUAGUAGAUUUUACUAAAUGUAAACUAACUAACAAUUUUUUUGACGACCAUGGCCAUAUUCUCAUGCAUUCAAUGCAUAAAUAUCAACCUCGAAUUUAUGUUGUGUACUGGGAUGGCAGCCUUCCUUUGAAUAUUGAUCCACCUGAGUUACUGCGAAUUUCUUGUUGUAAAGAGUUUAUCUUUUCAGAAACAAAAUGUAUUGCCGUGACUGCAUACCAAAACAGCCAGAUAACACAACUAAAAAUUUCCCAAAAUCCUUUUGCACGUGGUUUUAGAGGAGAAUGACGCAAAGCAUCCGAAUCAACAAUUGUUGAGACAGAAGAGAUCAAACAACCUUUGUUAUUAAAGGAAUAAUAGUUAAUCAUUUAAGUUUUAACAGCCAACUAAAACACAACACUUUUUCAAAAAAGAAUAUGGUUCGUUCUUUAUUAUUUAAAUUUAGGUCAACCAACAAAAAAAAUGAAAAAAACUCGUUUAAAGUAGUUUUCCUUUCUUUAUUUAAAAAGAUACUUAAAAUAAAACAUAAAAUAAAUACACAAUUGAAGCGAGCUUUGUUAAAGAGAAGGCAAAAGAUCAAAAAUAGCUGCUUUCCGCUGAAAGCAGCUAUUUUCGAACUUUUGCUAAUUAUGAACUUGAUCGCUAUCUGAUCCUGGGAAAAUAUAUGAAAGGGUAAACUAGCGAAAUAACUCGUAAAAAUUCGCAUCCUUUUUUUAUAAUAAUAACUCAAAUUUGUGCGGCCGUGGCGCAGUAGUUACAGCGCUUGCUUUAUAUGAAAGAGAUCCAAGUUCGAACCAAGCUCUGGAUAUAUUUUCGCGUCACGGUAAGGAAGGAGGUGUAAACUUUCUGGUUAAAUACACUUUCGUGGUGCUCUGUAACAAGUUAGGUCUUCUUGGGGCACCUAAAUAACAA